GCAUCGCGUUGGGGACUGCGACUGGCCGCCAUCCCUGCGGUGGAUCCGCCCAGCAGUCCUACCGGCAUCGCUUGGAAAGAGAAUCGAGAAUCGCCUCGCAUCUUCAUUCUCCAGACAAGGACAAAUGAGAAUCCGGGGGCGGGCCGGCGAGAGACACGAGCGUUACAUUUGCUGCCAGUCUCGCUUCCAGCGUCGAGUCGAGACACCCACUAACCAGCUAAAUUCACACUAAAUGGGCACUAGACACACGCUAAUCCGAGCUAAUUACAGGCGAGCUGUUUGGUCCCUGGCUUGUCUGUCUGGUUUCCUCCAAUCACGCCCGCUCGCUGUCAUUGUCCAGUCCAACCCCCCUCGCCUGCGUCUGUAUAGCCAGCCGCUCUGUGACACACACCAUCCUCGCCUUCACCCCGAGGCCGUGGUCCCAAGAAAGAGCGAUGCGUCCAGCCGGGGCCAAACCCAACCCAUGCCAACGCAAUCUCCGGAGGCGACAAGCAUCCAUGGCGAUCGCCGGUCGUUAUGCCGCCACCAGCUCUGCAAAGCACCAGGAGGACCUGGAUCCAUGUCCCAAAUGUCCUUGAUCGCAAUAACGCUAAUUCUUGAUCCAAUCUUGCUAAGAAUAACAUGUCCAGGCCAGAGCUGCCCCUGAUUCCUGAUUCGUCUCGCCUCGGCCCCGUGUGUGCAUGUGAGGUAUUUCCUGCCCACCCGCCGGGGUUAUAUAUAGGGCUUUCCUGCUCCUGCUCUGGCUGCUUCUCUCCAGUAGUCAACUCGAACUGGUCCUUUCGUUACACAGCUUCGGUCCCGGGCAUUCGUUUAUAAC